GUUCUCUCCACAGAUAUUUUCGGCACGUUGUGGACUUGGAAAUAUAAUGAACGUUUGGGGCUCCAACGGCUAUCUAUUUCCACAAUUAAUAAAAUGAAAAUCCUUCCCCACAUCAGAUCAAUUGGCCAAUUCUUUCUCUGGAACCCCAUGUGACACAGACUGAUUCGCAAAGCAAAAUAGAAUUUUCUCACAAAAUCUAAGCUUUCUCAGUCUCUAGAGCUUGACCGACUUUACUUUGAGAAAAGCUAACUAAGCUCUCACAAGUUCAUAAUCUUGAAGAAUGGAGUUGCAGAGAGCAGUUUCGAUUGGUGCCAGAAUAACAGGAGCCUUACAUACUCAAAGACACGAUGAUGCAACUGCUGAUACUUUUCAUAGUACGAGGAAUCUGUCACAUCAACAAGAAGAAAUGUCAACCCUUAUGCACAAUGCAGAGGAGAUGGUCAAAGGAGAGACUACACCAGAUUUGGCAGAAGGCAAGAGUUGUAUCAUUAGCCAGUCUGAAGAUGAUCAGAUUAGCAAUAAAUCUGUUCAUGGGCUCAAUCAAACUGAAGAUAUCAAGAAUGAUGAUAACAUGAAUUCACUCAAAGCUUGUGAAAUCCAUGCAAACAAUGUACCUGAGGCUGAAACAAUGUCAUCACUGGAAUCUUCUUCUAAUGUGACUAUGGUUGUAAGCAAACAAAGCCUAUGUACUGCUUCUGUUAAAUUCCAGCCUAAAUUAGACAGGGAAGAUAACAAAAAGGCAUUUACCUAUGAACAUUCAGAUUCUUUUGAAAAUAAAGAUACAACAGAAAGCGUAAAGAAAGGGACCGAGAAACAUGACAGAUGCACACCAUCUGCAAAUUCACACAUCAUUGGCACUUCUUACAGUAGAGGGUCUCCUAUGGACUGGUUCCCACGACGGAGGACAGAAUCAUAUCUGGAACGGAAGAUUAGGAUGUUGCAGGAAGUGGAAGGCAUGAAUGGCACACUUGAUGAAACUUUGGGUGGAUCAAAUCCACACUUAUCUCGAAUAGAAAGAGAAAAGCUUGAAGCUCAAGCUGCAGCAGCAGUAGCAAUGGAUGCUCAUAAAGCUGCAUUGGUGGAAGCUGCCUGGUGCCGCAUCCUUAAAGCAGCUAGAAUUCCGUGUGAAUUGGCUGAAGUAGAACUGCAGAAUGCUGAGAAGAAGGCUGCAGAAUCUUUUGAUGCAGCAUCCGUACUUGGGGUAGUUAUGCAUAACAAACCUGGAAGUUCCAAGCAAUCGUUGGAAGUUAAAACUUCAACAGCUAAUGGAAGCCAAACACAUAUUGUUUCUGCCUCAUUUCAAACAGCCUUUGAAGUUGAUAAGGAAGUUGCUGGAGCAGUAAAAGUAGCAUUUUCCCAUUUAACUCAUUUUCCAGCUUCUGCUAUUUCAGAUAUUUUUAAUGUUAAUGACAAUGCAUGCAGAAGUGGCAAUGCCUUGGAUACCGAUUCAAUUGGUUUUGAUGUCUUAUCUUCUGAAAAUGAUGAUCAAACUGAAGGUGAACACCAGACUGAUUCUGAUCUUAAAAAAAGCAGAGACACUAUUGAUCCUCACACAAAUUGUGCUCUAAUAGGGAAGCAUGUUACUAAUGAAUCUUUUUGCAAACCAAAAAACCAUCCAAAAUCUCAACACUCCAAGAAAGAACCUACUGAUGAAGUUGGAAUUCGAGAUGAACUUAUUAACCUAAUGCUUGAGAGAAUGAAACUCAUUAAAGAAGAAGAGCUCGUCUCUCUUGCAAUGAUAGUUGCAACCCGAGGCCUUAGUGCUAUGCUCAAGGAGGAGAACAAGGAACAAGAACUAAAUAGCAAGUGCAAUUCAGGAAGUCUAGGAGAUAUCUUGGUGAAACAUGUUUCUCGUUUGGAGGCAGAAAAAGCUGCUGCUGCUGCUGCUUCUAAAGUAUUAGUGCCACAAGAUUCAAGAAAGAAAACCACUCCUCAAACAUUGCCUGAUCUUGGAAGCAUCCUUGUAAAGCAUGUUUCAAAACUUGAAAGGGAAGUUCAAGAAGCCAGAAAGUUAGCAAAAGAAAUGCAAUCUGAAGACCAAAAUAAUGGUUAUGAUAAAGAGAAUCGAGAUGUAAAUUCUGCUUCAAACAAGAAUACACAUGCUACAAACAAGGUCAAUCUUGAUGUUGUCAAUCCUAAAAAUAUCAACGAUUUGGAUAAUAUACAAAAAUCCAAUUCUACUUCCACAUUACCUUUUUCUCAUGCUGGUACUAUUCUGGUCAAACAUGAAAUGAAUAAUGCCACAGAAGGUGAUCAAGAAGCAAAUACAAAGCAACGCCAUUAUAAUGAGGAACAUGAGGAGAGAUUAGAUAAAGCAUUGGUCAAUCAGGUCUCAAAAUUGGAAAAGGAGAAACUGGCAGCAUUGACAUUGGAAAGACAAUCAUCUCAAAGGGAGCAAAAAGAUCAGUACCAAUGCGACAAUUUAGAUAAGAUCUUAAUCAAACAUGUUUCUCAGCUGGAGAACAUGAAAAUGGCAGCACAAGAAGGUUUACAUAAAAUUUUGAAAAAGCAGAUGCAAAAUGAUGAGAAAAGUGAUGAAGGUUUAGAUAAAAUUUUGAUCAAGCAUGUCUCUAGAUUGGAGAGGCAGAAGCUAGAAGCGUCCCCAGAAGCAUUUCAGUGGGUGAGAAAACAACACCAACAUGAUGAGAAUAAUUUGGGGAGUUUAGAUAAGAUCUUGGUCAAACAUAUUUCUAGACUUGAGAGGGAGAAACAAGAAGCAUCACCAGAAGCAUUUCAGAGAGUGCAAAGAGAACAACGUCAUCAUGAUGAGAAUAGUUGGGAGAGUUUAGAUAAGGUCUUCGUCAAACACAUUUCUAGACUUGAGAAGGAGAAACAAGAAGCAUCACCAGAAGCAUUUCAGAGAGUGAAAAAAGAACAACACCAUCAUGAUGAGAAUAGUAGGGAGAGUUUAGGUAAGAUCUUGGUCAAACAUAUAUCUAGACUUGAGAAGGAGAAACAAGAAGCGUCACCAGAGGCAUUUCAGAGAGUAAAAAAAGAACAACACCAUCAUGAUGAGAAUAGUAGGGGGAGUUUAGAUAAGAUCUUGGUCAAACAUAUAUCUAGACUUGAGAAGGAGAAACAAGAAGCAUCACCAGAAGCAUUUCAGAGAGUGCAAAGAGAACAACACCAUCAUGAUGAGAAUAGUUGGGGGAGUUUAGAUAAGGUCUUGGUCAAACAUAUGUCUAGACUUGAGAGAGAGAAACUGACAGCACCAGGAAAUGAAACAUCUCAAGAACAUGAAAACAACAGCAUUUUGAAAAGGAACAAAAAUGCUAGAGAUCAAGAGAUACAACACGCAUGGAGAGGUAUGAGUCUUGGAAAUUCUUUAAGGCCUCACUUUUCUAAGCUUGAGCUUGACAAGGCUGCUUGGCUGGAAGCAGAGGAGGAAGAACUAAAACGUACAUCGAAACACUGAAGAAAGAUGAGGCCACAAGCUUUAACAUGACUGUUCCUUGUUUAUGGUUAUUGUGCCUUGUCAAUAAAGGCUGCUUGGCUGCAAGCAGAGGAGGAAGAACUAAAACGUACAUCGAAAUGCUGAAGAAAUAUGAGGCCACAAGCAUUAACAUGAGUGUUCCUUGUUUGACAAGAGAACCUUUAGCUUACAGCUGAGCAGUAUGUAUUCCAUCAAUGUCUUUCAGGACUAGCACCUUACUUCAUACUUAUUGAAGUUCAAGCCUAGUUCAAUGACAUGUUCCUUCUAUCUCUGGAUUGACCAAUGUAUAGAGAACAUUGUUUUAUUGUCACUUUCAUAAUUAAAAUAUAUUAUGUCUCUUUUGGCCAUGGCAGUCUUAUGUUGCUGAAAUGUCAUUCUCUCUGAAUUUUAACAGCUACAUGUAUCAUACUGUAGACUGUACAACCAGUAAUGGUUCUGGAGUUUGACUCAUUUCAGUCGUGUACUGAAAUUUCUUGUGCAGAUGUCUGAAAUUGUGGGUUCUUUCUUUUAGUUUCAAAUCAUGGUUUUUUAGAACCAGGAAAUAAAACUUUCCUUACGAGUUGGUUGAGGUUAAUCUAUUGAGUGGCACUCGAUCAGUGCUAUAUUGGCUAUUCAAUCGUGUAUUGUGAGCUGGUUAAGAUUAUGAUCUAUUGAGUGGCACUCAAAUCAGUUUCAUGCCACAUUUGGCUAUUCAA